AUGAAUACUCAUCACAAUCUGAGAGCCUCAAAUUUCGACAUUACAGCGCACGAAUUCCGCCGUGUUGCCUGGACUUCAGGGCUCAAAAGUUGCGAUGUGCAACAAAAUCAUUUUCGAGAGACAAGUGUCCAGGAUUCUUCAUGCAUGGAGGCCAUGAAUCUGGUUUUCAAGGCUGCAAUUAUCUUUCUAUUUCAAUGCUCGGCGUACCGGAAGCCAUAUGGCGAGAUGGGAUUCAGUACACCUCGAGUGUUUUCGAAAAAGGGGCAGGCACUUCCAUUAAGGAUGCCUAUGUUUGUUGGACCUGUUGAGGAGCUUGAGUUCAAUUGCAUCGGAUUCAAAACUGGUACUUGGAGAUGUUCCAACACAAGACCAGAAUUACCUCAAUCCCUAGGUGUUCUUGAACUCGCUCUUCAUCCGACAAAGGCGCCCUAG